UGUCCUGGUUGUCAACAUUCGGCCCUUGCAACUGUGACCUGGCAACCCUUUACGUUUCGUCUAUUUCACCACAGAAACUAGCAACAUGGCGGCAGCUGAUGGAGAUGACUCACUUUACCCCAUUGCAGUACUAAUUGAUGAACUGCGAAAUGAGGAUGUCCAGCUGCGGCUUAAUAGCAUCAAGAAACUGUCAACUAUAGCUCUAGCCUUGGGUGUGGAAAGAACUCGUAGUGAACUGCUUCCCUUUCUUACAGACACAAUUUAUGAUGAAGAUGAAGUAUUGUUAGCAUUGGCUGAACAACUGGGAACAUUUACAACACUGGUUGGAGGACCCGAGUUUGUUCACUGUCUUCUGCCCCCAUUGGAAAGUUUGGCAACAGUUGAAGAGACUGUUGUUCGAGAUAAAGCUGUGGAAUCUCUGCGAGCUAUUUCCGAUGAACACUCUCCUGCUGGUCUAGAAGCACAUUUUGUACCAUUGGUGAAACGAUUGGCCAGUGGUGACUGGUUUACCUCACGGACCUCUGCUUGUGGUCUCUUUAGCGUCUGUUAUCCCAGACUGUCCACCUCUGUCAAAGCUGAACUCCGACAACAUUUUCGCAACCUUUGCUCUGAUGACACUCCUAUGGUGAGACGUGCAGCUGCCUCAAAGCUGGGCGAGUUUGCAAAGGUUUUAGAGCUAGAUCAUGUCAAGAGUGAAAUCAUCCCAAUGUUUUCCAAUUUGGCAUCUGAUGAACAAGACUCUGUUCGUCUGUUAGCUGUGGAGGCUUGCGUAAAUAUUGCUCAACUACUGCCACAAGAAGACCUUGAGGCGCUUGUCAUGCCAACACUGCGGCAGGCAGCGGAGGACAAGUCCUGGCGAGUUCGUUACAUGGUGGCUGACAAAUUUACAGAGUUGCAGAAAGCUGUGGGUUCUGAUAUUACAAAAGUAGACCUUGUUCCUGCUUUCCAGAAUCUCAUGAAGGACUGUGAAGCUGAAGUUCGUGCAGCUGCUUCACAGAAGGUUAAAGAGUUCUGUGAAAACUUGUCUGUAGACUGUCGAGAGAAUGUUAUUAUGACACAGAUUCUUCCUUGUAUUAAGGAGCUAGUUUCAGAUGCCAAUCAACAUGUAAAGUCAGCCCUUGCAUCUGUUAUCAUGGGAUUGUCGCCAAUCCUAGGGAAGGACAACACCAUAGAACAUCUUCUUCCAUUGUUUCUAGCACAACUUAAAGAUGAGUGCCCAGAAGUGCGACUGAACAUAAUUUCAAAUCUGGACUGUGUUAACGAAGUAAUCGGAAUUAGACAGCUAUCUCAGUCUCUGUUGCCAGCUAUUGUAGAGCUGGCUGAAGAUAACAAAUGGAGAGUGAGGCUUGCAAUUAUAGAGUACAUGCCAUUACUUGCUGGACAGCUGGGUGUUGAGUUUUUUGAUGAAAAAUUGAACUCCCUAUGUAUGGCUUGGCUGGUAGAUCAUGUGUAUGCUAUUAGAGAAGCUGCAACUAAUAAUCUGAAGAAACUGGUUGAGAAGUUUGGAAAAGAGUGGGCUCAAGCUACAGUGAUCCCUAAAGUGCUGGCAAUGUCAAGUGAUCCGAACUAUCUUCACAGAAUGACAACUCUUUUCUGCAUCAAUGUACUUGCUGAGGUAUGUGGUCAGGAGAUAACCACAAAACAUAUGUUACCAACUGUUAUCAAGAUGUCAAGAGACUCUGUUGCAAAUGUCCGUUUCAAUGUUGCUAAGUCGCUGCAAAAAAUGGGACCAAUCAUUGACAACAGUACUCUGCAGAAUGAAAUCAAACCUGUGCUGGAGCAGCUGACCCAGGACCAAGAUGUGGAUGUGAAAUAUUUUGCGCAAGAAGCAUUAUCAGUGAAGCAUAGUCACUGGGGAACAAUAUGA